UGUGAGGACAAGUUCAUUCAAGGUUAAAUAUCCUUUUUGUAUCUGCAUGAUCAAGGUGAUUAUUGACCACAUGAUCCACUUCCAGCCAUGGAGGUUCAUCUUCUCCUGUGCUUGACCGUGGCCGCCCUAUCGCCAGUGAGCCAUGGAUGUGCUACAGGAAAGGAGUUCAUCACAACCUUUCUCCCCAACUACCAGAAUGCUUUAUUGGCAUUCAUUUUUGGAAACGACCAUAAACUUGAGUUGGUUCUGACCGACUUGGGCUCCGGGUCCAAUGUCCACAUUCAGGUUGCUUCACUCGAUUUCUCCAUGAAGUUGAGUCUCUCGGUAGAUGAAAGCCGCUGGGUUUCUCUGCCACUCGGAGCCGAGCUGCAGCAGCAGUUUCUUACCGAAAACUCUGCAGUCCGGAUCUCAUCGAGUGCUGAAAUCUCAGUGGUCUCUUUUAACCGGCGGGACAAGUCCGGGGAUGGAAGUGUGGUUUCUCCAGUCGGCCAACUGGGCACAGAGUACCUGGUGUACACACCGCAAGGAGGCGCAAAGUGCAUGGACAAGGUCUUGGCUAUCGUAAAUGGCAACAAGCCCAACCGGGUCACCGUCUUACCGAGCGCUGACGUGUCGCUGCGAGGUGGCAGUCGCUGGCAGCAUGGCAAGCCAGUGACCGUCACCCUCUCACCCCACGCAUCCUACCUGGUACGGACUCAUAACGCUUGGACGGGCAUCAUCAGGUCCAAGUUGCCUGUGGCCGUCCUAGCAGGUCACCAGUGUCUGGCCAUGGGUUCGGGUUGUGAACACGUCUAUGAACAGCUCCCACCUGUGGCCAGUUUGGGAACGGACUACAUGGUGCCCAAAACAGGAAGCUGCAAAUCCAGCAACAUGGCGGUGAUAGUGGCGGCGGAGGACGACACCGAGGUGACGCUGCACAGAGGCCAUCAUGCGACCCAGAAACAGACGCUGAAGACAGCAGGACUGAUGAGCGUCCACAAAGUGAAGAACAGUCCACUGGUGGUCCGGAGCAACAAGAAGGUCAUGGUGCUCCUUCUCAGCAACAACAAACCUCAUGACCCCUUCCUCCUCACCAUCACCCCCACCUGCAAGAUGGCCACCGACUGGACCCUGCAGACGCUGGGCGGAGGCUUCUCCAGCGCUGUGGCGCUCCUGGCGGAGAGGGAGGGCUCGUCCGGCGUGAAAGUCUGCAUGGAGGGACGCUGCCUGUCCCCUCGCUGGAGCAACUUCCUCUCAGACCCACGCUGGGUGUGGUCCAACGUGGCGCUGGGCUCGCACGCCGGUCAUGUGACCGUGGAAGGCGACGCACGAAUGGCGGUCUACGGUUAUGGUGGGAAGACUCGCCACGGCUUUGGAACUGCUGGAGUCUGCUCUACAGGUGGCCCUCCUCCUGUGGCCCCUAGGGACCCCUGUGAGGAUGUGACAUGCAGAGCCAAGGAGCGUUGCGUGGAGGGAAAGUGUGUCCACAUGUCCACCGCCACCUGCCAUGCGGUCGGUGACCCUCACUACCUGACAUUUGAUGGAAGACGUUACGACUUCCAGGGCUCCUGCACCUACAUUAUGACAACACUAGUGGAGAAGGUACCUGGCCUCCUGCCUUUCACUGUGACCACAAAGAAUGACCAUCGAGGAAACCGUCGGGUUUCCUUUGUGAGGACUGUAACUGUGGACGUUCAUGAGCAUACAAUUAUCAUUGGCAGACAGACAAAACAGGUUCAGGUCAAUGGUGAACUUCAGUACCUGCCAGUCAGUUUGUUAAAUGGGAAGGUCACUGUGAAGCAUAGCGGAAGCUAUGCUGUCCUCAGAACUGACUUUGGUCUGACUGUAAAAUAUGACUGGAACAUGAGGCUUUACAUUACAGUACCAUCCUCCUAUUAUAAACACUUAGGAGGACUCUGUGGAAACUACAAUGGAGAAGCAGCAGAUGACCUGCCUGAGCCAAAAGGCUCUCACGUGUCAACAGUCCUGAAAAUGAUUCAGCAGUGGAAAGGGAACGAUUCUGAUCUGUUCUGUCACGAUAACUGUGGUGGACGCUGCCCCACAUGUUCACCAGACAAGCAGGCCUACUUCCGACACCCUGACAAAUGUGGAAUACUGACGCAGGCGGAUGGACCCUUUUCCUCCUGCCACAAACGGGUCAACCCCUUGUUGUACCAGGACAACUGUGUCUACGAUGUCUGCAUCAACAAGGGCGCAAGACAGCUUCUCUGUGAUAACCUGAAAAGUUAUAAUGACGCCUGUCUGUCAGAGGGUGUCAAAGUCAGUGCCCAGUGGAGAAUGAUCUCAAACUGCCCCCUCACCUGCCCACCAGGGAGCCACUAUGAAGCCUGUGGCUCAGCUUGUCCUGCUUCCUGCGGCUCCACAGACGGCGACACGCCGUUCGAAGCACCCUGCGAGGAGGGAUGUCAGUGCAAUGAUGGACUCGUACUUAACGGAGACAGGUGUGUCCUUCAGUCUAGCUGCGGAUGUCGGCACCAGGACCAAUAUUACCCAUCAGGCAGCAGUUUCUGGGCAGACAGCAGUUGUUCCAGCAGGUGUGGUUGCCUCCAAGGCAGCGUGAAGUGCACACGGGUGGGCUGCAAGAAGAGCGAGCACUGUGCCCUGAAGGCGGGCGUGAGAGACUGCUACCCACUUUCCUACGCCACCUGCCAGGCGGUGGGAGACCCGCACUACCGGACCUUUGACAAUCGGCGCUUUGACUUCCAGGGCACUUGCACCUACAUCCUGUCCCAACACACCGCAGGUCCACACCAGGACCUGGUACCCUUUCAGGUGCUGGUCCAGAACGAGAACAGAGGCGGCAACAAAGGUGUGGCCUACACCAAGUCCGUGUCCCUGACCGUCCUUGGCCACACGGUCAGCAUGAGUCGUGCCAGCCCGGGUAAAGUACUGCUGAACAGCCGAGUCAUCAAUUUGCCGUACAUCACCGACAACGGUGAGCUGUCCUUAUUCCGGAGAGGCUACUUCGCCAUGGCGACCACUUCUUUUGGUUUGACUCUCAAGUUCAACUGGAACAGCCAUGUUGCUCUGACGCUUCCCGGCUCCUACGCCUCAGCCACGUCUGGUCUGUGUGGGAACUACAACGCAGAUCCAGCGGACGACAUGCUGCAAGCCGACGGCGGUCAGGCCGAGCACGCCACCGCGCUGGGCCACAGCUGGAAGGCGGGAGGAGACCCAGGCUGCACCAGCGACUGUCCUGCGGGCAAGUGUCCCCCCUGCCACCCUGCACUGGUACUGCACUACCAGCAGGGGCGCUACUGUGGCAUCAUGGCCGACACCUCCGGUCCCUUCAGCCAAUGUCACGACAAACUGGAUCACACCCACUUCCUGGCGGACUGCGUAUACGAUAUGUGCGCCUACAAAGGCCACGCCUCCGCCCUAUGCAACAGCCUAUCAGCUUUCAGCGCCACGUGUCAGGAGGCCGGCGCCAUCUUGGAGACAUGGAGGACGCCAGAGUUUUGCCCGCCCUCGUGUGGCGCCAACAGUCACUACCAGGUGUGUGCGCCGCCCUGCCAGCUCACCUGCAGCGGCCUGGCUCCCCCCGAGGGUUGUGACGACAACUCCCCCUGCCUGGAGGGCUGCGUGUGCGACCAGGGCUUCCUGCUGAGUCACGACCGCUGUCUUCCUCUGGCCGAGUGCGGCUGUCGCCACCUGGGACGCUACUACGCCCGCGCACAGGUGUUCCACCCCGACAUGUCAUGUGACACUCGCUGCGUGUGCGGAGACAGCGGGCAGGUGAUGUGUGACCUGCACUUCCGCUGCCCGCAUGGCGAGGAAUGUGUCGUGGCGGACGGCGAGGCCUUGUGCGCGCCCACCAGCGUCGCUUCCUGUUUUGUCUACGGGCUGGCCUCAGUCCGAUCCUUUGAUGGACAGACUUAUCCUGUCUCGGGAGACUGCGUGUUGACGAUGUCCGAGGUGGAGGAGGGAGAAGGUGUGCCGGCGUAUUCCGUCCUGGUCCAGCAGCACAGCACCAAAGGUGCCGGAGUCUCUCGAACUGUGGAGCUCCAAGUCUACGACAUGCAGCUCACCAUGGAGGCGGGCGUCGUGUGGGCCAUCAAGGUGGACGACGUCAGAGUGCCCCUUCCCGCGUGGCUAGCGGACGGACAAGUGCUAGCGUAUCAGAGCGGCAUCAACGUGGUGGUCCAGACGGACUUCCACCUCAAGCUGGUCUUCGACUGCGUGGCAGGCGUCAUCCUCCAGAUCCCGUCCACCUACGGAGGUCUACCAGCCGGUCUCUGCGGGAACUUCGACGGCCUCGCGUCGGACGAGCCGCCGUCAAACAUCUCGGCGUUGGUGGCGGAGAAGGAAGGCGUGGCCUGUGGGACCGGCUGCGGAGACACGCCCUGUCCCGACACGGCUGGACCCAAGACCCCGGAGGCUGAAGACGCCUGUGGCGUCAUCAAGGACCCGCUGGGACCUUUGGCAGGAUGUCACGCCUCCAUAGCGCCGACAGCCCACUUUGAUACCUGCGUCAGGGAGGUGUCGGCUGCAGGACGCCACCAAGACGCGGCGUGUGCUCACGUACAGAACUAUGUCAGCGCUUGUCAACUCGCUGCUGCCAACGUCAGCAAAUGGAGGAGCGACACUUUCUGUCCGCUCACCUGUCCGCCAGGAAGUCACUAUGAGCUGUGCUCGUCCUCCUGCUCGUCCACCUGUGUCUCUCUGGAGCGGUCCGAUCCCUGCCCCGUGUGCCAGGAGGGUUGCCAGUGCGACGUCGGCCUCCUGUCCGACGGCGAGCGCUGCGUGCCGGUGGACAAGUGCGGCUGCUGGGCAGACGGACAUUAUUACAUGUCAGAGACCUCGGUCCUCACGGAGGACUGUUCCGAGCGAUGCGUGUGCCAGUCUGGACAGCUGACCUGCAGGCCAGCAGGGUGCCAGCAGGAGGAGGAGUGCGCCAUCAAGGACGGAACCCUGGGCUGCUUCCCCACAGAUCCGUGUGCGGAGGUUUCUUGCCGGACCAAGGAGGUCUGUGAAGUAUCAGAAGGCCAAGGGGUUUGUGUUCCUGAAAGCAGCGUUUUGUGCUGGGCCUUUGGGGAUCCGCACUACACCACCUUUGACGGCUGGAGCUACUCCUUCCAGGGAACAUGUACCUACGUCCUUGUCAACACCACAGGUGCUGAUCCCUCCCUGCCAGGGGUUACCGUGACAACCAAGAACGAGCUGCGCGGGAACUCCGAAGGCUCUUUUGUGCGCUCGGCCACGGUGAAGUUGAUGGGCCACACCCUCUCCCUGCCCAAGGACCAGAGAGGCUUCAUCCUGAUUAAUGGCGUGAAGACGGGUCUCCCGGUCUUCCUUGAAGGAGGUAGCCUUUCCAUAACAUUGCAAGGAAUGAGAGGCGUCCUCCAGACUGAUUUCGGGAUCUCCGUCACGUUCGACUGGUCCACGCUGGUCAUGGUUUCGCUCAGCAGCAGCUAUUACGGUAACGUGGCCGGCCUCUGCGGCAACUACAACGGCGACAAGGAGGAUGAGAUGACCACCUCGGGGGGACGCACAGCCGCCAACGUGACAAACUGGGCGGGGACGUGGAGCGUUCCCGACGGCGAUCCCUUCUGCUACCAUUACUGCGAUGGAGUGUGUCCUCAGUGCUCUGAGGAAGACCGCAUCAGGUACACGGGGCCCCAGUACUGCGGCGUCCUGAGCGACCAGAAAGGGGCCUUCUCCGGUUGCCACGGCAGCGUGCCGGUGGCGGAGGCGGCGGCGGACUGCCUGUACGACGUGUGCGUCAACGCGGGCCGACGUGAGGUCCUGUGCGAGUCCCUGAGCAACUACAUGGCCGAGUGCCAGGAGGCAGGAGCGACUGUGUUGCCAUGGAGACAGCAGGCCAACUGCACCAUGGAGUGUCCCGCCCACAGCCAGUACCACGCCUGCGGCCCCGCCUGCCCUCGCACGUGUGGCGCCCAGCCCGAGGAGUGCAGCCAGGCGUGCGUGGAAGGAUGCUUCUGUGACCACGGAUACUUGCUCAGCAGAAAUGAGUGCGUGGAGAAGAAGAAGGCCUGUGGGUGUAACCACGGUGGCUUCUACUACGUGCCGGGUCAAGUCUUCUGGGCGGACUCAGAGUGCAAAGUCCAGUGCGAGUGCGACGCCACCACACAGACGGUUGUCUGUGAAGCAAAAGGCUGUCGUAGCGGCGAGCGAUGCCAAGUAGUGGAUGGAGUCCAGGACUGCUACCCAAGCAGCUUCAAGACCUGCUCUGCACGCGGGGAUCCUCACUUCUACACCUUCGACGGUUGCAAGUUUGACUUCCAGGGCAAUUGCAUCUACCGGCUGGCCAGCCUGUGUCAGCACGCUGAGGGACUGCAACCCUUUCAGGUACACCUGGAGAACAAGAAUGGUGCAAACAAAGAUGUGUCGUAUGCCAAAGUGGUGACUGUCAACGUCUUUGGGAACACGUACACACUCUCACUGGACCACACACACAAAGUACUGGUGGACGGGAUAGAAAAGUUGCUUCCCUUCUCGUCCAAUCAGUCGGAGGUUGAAGUUUAUCGCCAGUACCGAUUGGCUGUCCUACAAACUCACUUCUUAAAGGUGACCUUUGACUUUGCCAGUGUGGUGCGGGUGCAGCUGGCCACCAGCUACGAGGGCACCACCUGUGGUCUGUGUGGGAACUACAACAAGGACCCUGCUGAUGACUUGAUGCUGCCCAAUGGCACGCUGGCUUCUAAUGCCCGCCUCUUUGGAAAUAGCCAAUGGGUGGCCAGCGUGCCGGGGUGCUCCCCACUGUGUGAGGACUGUGCACAGCCCCUCCGCCCCGACUUCCAACCCCCGCGCUCCGCCGGCGUCUGUGACAUCAUCGGGGACCAGGACGGCCCGCUGGGCGACUGCGUGGCGCGGCUGGACUGGCGCCAGUUCGCCGCCGACUGUGUGUACGACGUGACGCUGCGGGGCAGCCGACAGGAAGCGGCCUGUGACAUCAUCAGUGACUACGUGUCACAGUGUCAGCUGCAGGGGGGCUGUGUCAAGACCUGGAGGACCAGGAGCCUCUGCUGGAUGAGGUGUCCCGCCAACAGCAUGUACAGCGUCACAGCGCCCGGCUGUCCUCUCACCUGCACGUCUCUGUCCUCACCUGUGGAGUGUGAAGCUCCGCCCACUGAGGGCUGCGUGUGCGACCCGGGUUACUUUUGGAGUCAGGACGGCUGCGUGCGAUUGGCCGAGUGCGGCUGCCGCUUCCGAGGCGGCUACCUGGAGUCGGGUCAGAGUGUGCACCUGAGCUGCCAGCAGGUGUGUUCCUGCCAGGGGGGGGUGGUGUCCUGCCACAGCACACCUUGCAGCACACCUGUGGACUGACCUGCUUGGUUGCUAUGACAACCGCCGGCUGGGUAAACAAGAUGCAUUUCGACGCAUGAUCUCCAGGGAACACAUCACUGACUUCAUGCCAGACCAUGAAAGCAACACCAUGCAAAUCAUCUGAAUCUGUUUUUUAAUGGAAUGUAUCGCCAAAGUUCAUUCUAAGUCUUAGUAAAAUCAUAUCAGCAUCUUGUUGUGGUCUACUGUACACACAAUUUACUUCAAG